UAGCCCGCCGUGUCGACGGGUGACGAUACAAUUUACCGUGUUGCAAUUUCAAUUUCUGUGCCAACGUCUGCCUGGACUAGAGUAACGGCGGUCAUCGAGUUGUGUUGUGUGUUUAAACGCUGGGUUGUGUGUUUAAACGCUGUGCUGUGCCGAGUGAAGUGUUCAAACGCUGCCAGCCAUGUUCGUGAUUCAUCUAGUCUAGGGCCCUAAUGUCGUGUUUCUGUGAGCGCCAUGACGAGCUGUACACAGUAAGGACCGUCUGGAACACGGGAGUUUAAGACACGUUGCCAUGGAUACGCUGAGUGCCAUCCCACAGAGGAUUGUUGUCAUGUACAACGCCAGGGCUAGCAGGCUCAAGUUUCUACAGAGCCGAUCAAACCUGUCCACUCAAGACACGCACCUGGACAUGGAAUACGAACCCAACCCUGAGGUGGCGCCCUAUAAACCCUCAAACUUCAUGUCUUCCACCAUUUUGAAGAAGGUCCCGAUCCCUGAGCGCCACCUGGAGACAUUUGGCAGCUACGAAUACAGCCUGCACUCUAAGCGUGGGAUAAUGCUGCACACAGACAGAUAUCACCUGGAUCUUCUCAAAUCUAUGGACGGUCCCACACAGCGUGAGAGGUUGCAAGCAGAAAUGAAGUACAUGGAAGCGAUGAGAGGCACCAGACGACUCAGGGAGACGGUACCCCAUAGAGCUGAGUUCGACCUCAUUAUGGGCGGCAAACAAAUCGAAUUUGAGGAAAGAUUCGAUAUCGGUCGCGAGAUCCAGAAACUGAAGGCCAUCGCCAUGCCAACACACGCCAAAGAUCUGUUCCACGGUAGGGGGAUUCGAUUACCCAGCAACCACAUGUCUGUACAUCCACGCCAUCCCAUGCCCAACGAUUUAGAGGAAGAAAUUUCAGCCUCCGCCCCUGUACCACUCAAGCACCUCCCCAGCCGGGCUCAGCUCCACCUACACCACGAGCUGCCCCACAUCUACAGAGAUCUGACGUCACUAGGCAGGGGCGGCCACUCGAGGGAGACGCCGUUCAAAAGAUUGCCGCAGUUGCCCCAGAUCCCGCCCAAAACAGACAGCGAUGAGCCCCACCUGGCUGACGUGGGCGUGUCCAUGUUGAGAGAGAGGCGGACAGUGUCCAAUCUGUCUGCAAGACUCGGCUUUCAACCACGUCUCCGUAGGGACUUGACCAGUCUGUCGCGGUCUAACGGUCAAGCCGUGAUCACCAGCAGGGAGAUGGGAGCUGGGGAGCCGGCAGUUGGAGCUGGGGAAGCUGCGAGAUUUGUGGCUAAAGGGACGGCUGGACCUCUCAGUCCAAAGAAGCAGACGUCUAGAGAUGUGAAGGCACCGACAAAACCUUUGGACAAAGAUGUCAGAGCUGGCAUGUCAGACAGACUUACAACAACAGCAGAAGGUGCCGAUGAUGCUGACGUUUAUGCAGAUGGCGGGAAACCAUUACACACACAGGGGUCAGGGUCAACAGCUGGGGUUCAAGGGUCAAAAGCUGCAGCAACUGGGUCAAGGUUACAGACAGCGCCUUUCUUGACCAGCACGGAGGAGGCUGAAGAGACGGAGGAUCACAGUGCUGUCAGAGAACUAUCUGAGGACCAUGUCCAAUCUGACGCUCCACAUCCACUUAAGGGAUCUGAUCUGAUUGUGGCGGUGCCCGAGGACGAGCAGGAGGAGUUGCGUCAGGCGUUCCAGCGUCUAGACACAGACUCUGACGGACACAUCCAGUACAACCAGUUGAAGACGCAGCUCUCAACAAUUUUCACAGAGGAGCAGGAGAAGUUCACAGAGGAGGUGUACAACCUAACCAACUCCGUCACCUACUUUGGUAUUGACGAGUUUAUGGUCAUGAAUCGUCUGGCAAAAACUGUCGAAGGCUUAACGGGUAAAGCAAGAGAAUCAUUUGCAGUUUUGGAUUUCUCCACGUUACAGCAGGAGCUGAUUAAAUAUGUGGGUCAGUUUCAAAGUGUUGAUACUGGCAGUACAGGAAGGAUAAGCGUGGAUGGUCUUAGAAAAGUUUUAUCCAACACCAUCUCAUCAGCACUCUCAUCAGAUGAUGCAUUGUGGGAGAGUGUCUUGGAAUCCAUUAGUUUGGAUUAUUCGUCUCAAGUCAGCAAGGUUGUUUACAUCGCACACAUUCCAUUAUUCCUCAGUUUGGAAAAAGAUCUGAAUUCUUAGCAUGUAUUUUAACAUUAAUUUUUUUUUAAGGAAACCGCUGCUAGCAUGUUAUUGUUUUCUUUGUUUAAAAAUUUGGCCACUUUUUAAACUUUUAAAAUAGGAAUAGGGGAGGUUAGUACAUUUAAAAAAAUUCUUUCUGAUAAAAUUACUACAAGAUGAAAGUGAAAGAAAAAAAAAAUGUAUAUUAUAAGUCUAUACAUACAAAUAUACAUUAGUAAAUAAAAUACAUAAAUCUAGAUAUUGGAGUAAUGCUAAAAGAGAAUAAAUUUUCCCCUAUUCUACUGGGCCAUUUGCUAAUUAUUGAACUAAAAUUAAAUAUUAAUAAUCAGCAGGGACUACCAAAAAAUAAAAAUAAACGUCAUAAAUAUUAUUAUAAUAUUUAGUAUUAUUAUAAUAAUCAAUACAAAUUUCUAGAAUCAAGUAAUACUAGAUCUAGUAUUUUUAAUAAUGCCAUCUAGAUCUAUCUCUUAGAACUGUGUGCCUUUUAGAAAAUUUAAUUUUUUUAAAUUUCCUUUUUUUCUUCAAGAGUAUUAUAGUAAAGUUGAUGUGCUAUCAUCAUAUCAUAGUGGAUGAUAGUAGAACUAGACCUAGUAGUCUAGUAGAAAGAUGGCCAAAUGAUUUAUUUUAUGUAUUGUUAUCUAUCUUGUUAGGAAUUAACCAUGCCCUACAUAUAAAUAUAAUUAUCUUGUAAUUCAGAUAUUUUUUACAUUUAUAUCUACUCAAUUAAAACCUGGCUGUUGUCAGAUUAAGUUCCUACCAAUGUUAGUGUUACAGUUAAAAACAGGUGUAGGGUUAGAGUUAAGGUUGUCAUAAGAAAAUCAGUUGUUCAGUUGGGUUUAGGGUUAAUAUAAGAAAAUCAGGUAAAAGAUUGGUUUAAGGGUUCAGAUUAAAAAAAUCAAACGUGGGUUAGGGUUAAUAUGAGAAGCUCAGGUGUAGGGUUGGGAUUAAUAUGAGGGAGAAGUUGAUAUUAGCAAGCAAUGAUUUUUAUAUGAACCUGCCAAAGC